UAGUAACACAAUUUUUUUUCUUUAAAAAUACAAAUAACCAGAUCCAUAUAAAUAAAUAAAUUCCCUCAAACCCAAUUAAACUGAAAAUUAAAUUUUAUGUUAAUUCUAUUGUGCUAAUGGCAGUUAUGAUGACCUUUGUUAAAUCCAUCAUCCAACGCAAGUUAGCUCUUAAGACUGCAACUGAUUAAUCAUUACUAGUUUUCAUGAUAUCUAUAAUACAAAUUCUAAGCUAGUGUUGAUGCAAUUUUCCCAUCCCCUAUAAAAAAUUACUAAUAAACAAAGCAUCUAUUAUUAACGCAUUAAGAACAUGAUUCUUUGUUGAUAUCUUUUGUUUUAACCUGGAGUAAACAUCAUGCUUUGAAUCAGAAUAGGAAACAGCUCAAAAGUAAGAAUACAUAGAAGUGACAACGUUACAUAUUACUUAGCAUAUAUUCUAAUCAGACAGCUAAAAUGAACAUAGCCAUUAAUUUCUAAUGUUCACACAUGAAGCAAUAUUUGCAUACCCCUUAAGUAAGAAAAGUAAGAAAAGAAUAUAUACAUGAUCAGUUGAGGAGGAAGGUGAAACCAUGAGUCGCAACAUGAACAAUUUCACGCCUUUGCCGGGGCUUUGGAGAACAGGUUCUAGAGCCUAUGAUGAUGCUCCUCACACUUCCAGUAAUACUCAUCAAUCCAAUGAAGUUCCUGUGUUUUACCGAUCUCGUCACUCUACUAGGACCAAUGAUGAGAGGAGUUUAGGUGCACAAGAUCCAUUAAGGUUGUGGGAAAUCAGAAGAACUCCUACAGAACAUCAUAGAGCAUCAAAUUUUCCAGCACAAACUCAUAGAAGACAACAAACUUAUGUUCCUAAUGAAGAAAUGGGAAGAAGAGGUUUCAACCCAUCGAGACUCGGACAAAUUUUCCAGCAUUCACCUGUAAGAUCGACAUCAACGCAUCAAACAAACACACAAGUUCCACAUGUGGUAGAAGAUUCCAAAUCAACUAUUUUAAGCAAGUUACGGAAAGUAGUCUAUAACCCUAUGCCAACGCAGUUAGCUAGAAAAGUGAGCUUAUAUUAUAGAGGAAAUGCUUCGAAUGGUUUGAAAGAGAGUGUGAAAGAAAAGAAUGAAGAUGGUAUGAAAUGUGCUAUUUGCUUGGAAGAUUUUGAGACUAAAGAAGAAGUGAUGCUUACUCCAUGCAACCACAUGUUCCAUGAGGAUUGUAUUGUAACUUGGUUAACAAGCAAAGGUCAGUGUCCUGUGUGUAGGUUUGUGGUUUUUGAGGAAGUGAAGGGAAAUUCAUCUUCCUUAAAUAGGAAUGACAUUGCCAAUUGGGAACCCAAUGGCAUGAUCUCUGGAGAGCUUUUGUCAAUUUUGAGGGCCAUGGAAGAAGCUUUUCAAGUAGAGGGCAUGGAUUAAUGUUAUAAAAGUCAAACCGAAUAUUGAACUAAUGAGACUUCUCUGGAUCAUGGUUCAAUCGUCUUAAACGUUCAAUCCAUAACGAAAGGAUUGAACCGUCUGAAGUUAAUGUUAGUUCAAGGUUUAAAGGAUUGAACCGUCUGAUUUGGUUUUGUUUCUGAAACAGAUAUAGUGUUGAUUUUGAUGGGUUUAAUUUAUGAGCGACAAUGAUAAUUUGCUAUAGCUUAGUAUGCACUGCUUGUUAUUUUAAUUCUAUUUGAUUUAUAUAACGGCAUAAAAAUAUACAUUAGUUUUUUUGUUCAAUUUCGAAUGGAUGAAGUUGUGGAUGAAGUUGUCUGGUCCAAUUUUGA